GAGUCUACGAUCACAGGGAGAAGGUACAGUAAAACAUCGCUGUCGAGUGUGUGUGUGUUCUUGUUUUGCUGACCCAAUGUGGACUUUGAACUGUUUGCACACCUUUCGUACGGGAACGUCAUGACCAACUGGGGACAUAAUCUUGGUCCCCACAAGGCGGACCGUGUGUGUGCGUGCGUGUGUGUGGUUUUGGGGUAGAAGUAAGGGGAUGUGGACAAGCUACUAGUAUCAAUAUCAAUAUGGCCUAUUUGAGUAUAUUGAGCUGGACCCAGAUCUUUCCAUGUGUUUCUACCUUUUCGCUGCUGGGCUUUUCACUCUCAACAGUUUCCAAAGUGUAUCAAGAAUGCUCCACCACCCAAAGGACAUCCAGCCAACUUCACAAAGGAAAGACCUAUCCGUCCACCGAGGAGGAAGCUAAGCGCAAGGAGAUCUGGCUAGCUUCUAGGAAGAUGGUGACGGAACACAACAAGAGAGCAGAGAAUGGCCUGGAGAGCUACACCCUGGCAGUCAAUCACUUUGCUGACUUGACUACUCAGGAGGUUCCUAGAGGGCUUUUACCCAUGGAAUGAAGAAGCUUUGACCCUAUGAGGAAUGAACAAUUUUGAAAUUUAUAAACACUACACUUUCAA